AAAAAAAGGACUCAUGAAUUAUCAAUUAUCAGCUCUUCCUGUAACUUUUCACUCUAAUUUCCCUCCUCUCCCUCUGUUACGAUGUAAAGCAAAGGAAGGCACGACCCGCGGUUCAAAAGCCCUUCCUCUGCAAAACCCAUCUCUCAUUGUCUACGAAACCCUAGUUUCUUGACCAGGAUUUUAUCUACAAAAUUCCAAGAAAACCCCGUUUCACCGCUACCCGCUGCCACAUUUCUCUAAUUACUGCCGCCCAUUUCUAUAGCAUUCAGAUUUAGGGUUUUUGUUGCUUAUGGUUUGUUUCCGGCUUCAUUCUCGAGAGGUUAUUGUUGUGUGAUGCAAUUGUGCGAGAAUGUCGGAUGUGCUCGUGAAUGAUACGUUUCAUAUCAGGGACGUUUGGGAUGAUAAUCUUGAAGAUGAGAUUCGAUUGAUUCGUGGACUUUUAGAUGAUUACCCUUACAUAGCUAUGGAUACCGAGUUUCCCGGUGUUGUACUUCGUUCAGUAGGGAAUUUCAAGAACAACAAUGAGUAUAAUUUUCAGACCCUGAAGACCAACGUUGAUCUUUUGAAGUUGAUUCAAUUGGGUCUUACAUUUUCUGAUGAACAUGGAAAUUUUCCCACCUGUGGAACUGAAAGGUAUUGCGUAUGGCAAUUUAAUUUCCGGGAGUUUAACCUCAACGAGGAUGUGUUUGCUCAUGACUCCAUCGAACUGUUAAAGCAGAGUGGUAUCGAUUUUAAGAAGAACAAUGAAAAAGGUGUGGAUGCACGUCGGUUUAGUGAAUUGCUAAUGUCUUCAGGAAUCGUAUUGAAUGAGAGUGUGCAUUGGGUUACAUUUCAUAGUGGGUAUGAUUUUGGCUACUUGCUGAAGCUACUUACUUCCCAGAAUCUGCCCGAGACACAGGCCGGUUUCUUUGAGCUGAUCAGAAUAUACUUCCCUAUACUUUAUGAUAUCAAGCAUCUCAUGAAGUUCUGUAAUAGCCUUCAUGGUGGGUUGAACAAGCUCGCAGAGCUGUUGGGUGUUGAGAGAAUUGGUUCUUGUCAUCAAGCUGGUUCGGAUAGUUUGCUCACAUGUUGUACAUUCAUGAAAUUGAAAAAAGAUUUCUUUAAUGGGUCUCCUGAGAAAUAUGCUGGUGUGUUGUAUGGUCUUGGUGUUGAGAGUGGAUGAAUACUCAUUGAAAGAGAAAAAAAAGUAUGAAAUAAAAAAAUAAAAAUAAAACUGUCUGUUGACUA